AUGCCUCCCACUCGUAGGAGAAUCAAAAGAAGACGUCGUAAUCAUGAAAAUGAUAGCAAUACUACACCAUCCGACUACAUUCCUCUCGAUAUCGUUGACAUCAUUUUCACCUUAGUACCCCUCAAAAUAGCGGUUCAAUUGGGAAUCUUAGCAAAGAGAUUCAAAAAUAUUUGGAUGCUCAACCGUAGGCUCGACUUUGGGCGCGAGUUUGCACGAAACUACACAACGACUGAGUAUUUUGCUAUUGUCGACAAAGUCCUCAACCUCCACGUCAGCCCCACGAUACAGAGCUUCACGAUGUAUUUUGAUCCAACCGGCUAUGAGAGCAAAGUGAAGAACUGGAUCAAGAUAGCCAUAUCGAAAGGUGUUGAGGAGCUUGAUUUAGACUUCUUUGGCACUUGGAACCGUCAUAAGUUCCGUCUUGGCACCCUCAAUCUUCCUCGAGUAAGAGUCCUGAAACUCUCCUUCUGUGAAUUUGCCUUUCCUUAUCCCUUGGAAUGUUUGUGUCUUUUGAACACACUUGUUCUUAAGAAUGUCAAUGUCACGACAAGAAUUAUUGAGAUUGUCAUCAAGAACUGCAAGCAUCUAGGAACGCUAGACAUAGUGUAUUGUCGUACCAUUGGACAAAUUAAGGUCCUUGCAAAGGACCUUAAAUGUUUUCGAACAUUCAAGGUUGGGGACUGCACGAGUGUAUCCGAAAUAGAGAUAAACUCUCCGACGCUCCGCUCCUUUCACUAUGUUGGGAAGAUCCCCCUUCUCACAUUUGUAGAUGUCUUUGAGCUAAAGGACGUGAUUCUUAAUUUCAAGUCACCUCAGAGCGCAUAUGUGCCACAUUAUCGAAUUAGAAAUGCAUUGUGGAGUAUCGCCCAAAUUCAUGUGCUCACUGCCACCACCGUUUUUCUUGAGGGUUUAACAUCAUUUUAUUUCGACACGCUGAGAGGGAGGAAAGGAGCAUAUAUCUUGAGGAACCUCGUGGAGUUUCAACUUUUUGUGGAAGGAUCCUUAAUCUGCAACCCUUAUGAUAUUGGUUCAUUCAUUGCGCAUUGCCCUCGCUUGGAGAGGAUAAAGGAAUCAUCUUUGGAAAAUAGCGUUGUCUUUAAAGAGUAUCAGAAGCGAGAGCUUGAGAAAUUCUCCGAUGUCCUCGACAAUCUCAAGUUCAUUUACAUAAAGAAUUUCCAAUUUCAGCCGAAUGAGCUUGAACUCGUGAAAUUCUUUCUCCAGAAGGCCAAGAACUUGGAGACUUUGGUCAUCACAACCCCAAAGAGCCCUACUCCAAAGGUCACAGCCAUGAGCAUUAGAUCUUACAAUACCCUACUCGAUUGGAAAGCAUCUCCUAAGGCGGAUAUCUCGAUUUAUCACUACUUUAAUGAAAAGUGCCCUAUUGAUCCAAUGCAUGGUAGGAUUUGGUACUGA